AUGGAAACUCCCUCGGAUUCCUCGAAAAUCAUCGAAGAACAGAAAGCAGAAAAGUCGGAAGAAACAAGUUCAAAAGCUGAAAAACGGAAAACCGCGGAAAAAUCGGAUUCUUCGUUGAUAAAGAAAAAGAAGUACGAGGACCCGAAUAAGAAGGUGGAUCCGUUGAAUGAGUUGCCAAUGAAAGUUCCGUUCAAGAUUAUUGAUGGAAUCCGUCACCUGUCCCCAUACUGGUCUUGCUACCGUACCCGUACCAAGGGUCGAUGGAUUGGGCGAAAAAUGGUCGAGGUAUUUGCCGGAGAGUUUCUUUCAACGAACAAACACUAUGCGAAGGUCGCUUGCAAAAUGGGACGAAUCUAUGUGAAUGGCGAGCAGAUGACCGACGUGGACUAUGUGAUGAAGAAUGGCGAUCGAGUGGAGCAUUGGGUUCAUCGGCAUGAACAUCCGGUCCGCGACCUGCCCAUCCGAAUAAUCUCUGAAACCGAUGACCUCCUGGUCAUCGAGAAACCCCCAUCCCUGCCGGUCCACACAUGUGGCCAAUACGCAAUUCACACAGUUUUGGGACAAUUGAGAGAAAACGAGGAAAAAACUGGACUUCGUGUACUUCACCGCCUGGAUCGUGCCACGUCUGGAGUCCUCCUCUUUGCCAAAAACUACGAAACCGAUCUGGAAUUCAAAACGACGCUGAAACAGGGCGAAUGGAGUAAAGAAUACGUUUGUAAAGUGGAUGGAGUGUUUCCGGACGAGGAGCAAGUCUGUGAGCAACCUAUCGGUCCAUUGGUUAUCUCAAUGGGAAUCCAAUGUGUUCGACCCGAUGGAAAGGAGGCGAAAUCCACGUUUAGAAAACUGUGGUCGGACGGCACUCAUUCUGUGGUCCAAGUGCACAUUGAAACCGGACGAACCCACCAGAUCAGAGUGCAUUCUCAGUUUUUGGGCUACCCAAUCGUUGGCGAUCAACUCUACAAUUCAACGGUUUGGGGGCCAACAAAAGGAAAAAAUGCGGAAUACCAGAAGGGUUAUGAUGAUCUCUGCGAAGACGUUCGAAACACGCACAAGUCUGAAAAUUGGCACGAAAAACCGAAUCCAGAAUUCGAGCGACGAAUGGAGAAUCUGGCGUCUGAUUCCACUGACGUCACUCCAGAAUCACCGGGAAUCUCCAGUCAAGAACGUCCAGAGUUUGAUGAAAUCUGUCAGAAAUGCAACGUGGAAUCGAAGAAAGUACCUGAUAGUCAUUUUCAAUUGUUUUUGCAUUGUUUGAAAUACGAAACACCGAAAUGGUGUUAUAAGACGGAUCUGCCAGAAUGGGCGGUUCAAAAAUGA